CCGCAAGUUCACGCAGUUGCACGCAGUAUUCUUCAUAUUCAGUAAUCUGUAUUGUUGCAAAGUAAUUGUCAUGGCUACAGAACGAUAUAGUUUUUCAUUGACAACUUUCAGCCCAUCCGGGAAGUUGGUGCAAAUAGAAUAUGCUCUGGCUGCCGUGGCCGCUGGUGCAGCCAGCGUUGGCAUCAAGGCAUCUAAUGGAGUUGUACUUGCCACCGAAAACAAGCACAAAUCGAUAUUGUACGACGAACAUAGCGUAAAGAAAGUAGAAAUGAUCACGAAACAUAUUGGAAUGGUGUAUAGUGGGAUGGGUCCAGAUUAUAGAUUGUUAGUAAAGCAAGCACGUAAAAUGGCUCAACAAUAUCAACUGAUUUAUCAAGAGCCCAUACCUACUGCUCAACUGGUGCAAAGAGUCGCGAUGCUCAUGCAAGAAUACACGCAAUCUGGUGGAGUCAGACCGUUCGGAGUUUCGUUGUUAAUCUGCGGUUGGGAUAAUGGCAAACCUUGCUUGUAUCAGUGCGAUCCUUCUGGCGCUUAUUUCGCAUGGAAGGCAACCGCAAUGGGUAAAAAUUUUGUAAAUGGGAAAGUGUUCCUCGAGAAAAGGUAUAGCGAGGAUUUGGAAUUGGAUGACGCCGUACACACUGCUAUUCUAACGUUGAAGGAAGGUUUCGAGGGACAGAUGACCGCGGAUAACAUUGAAGUUGGUAUUUGCGAUGCGAACGGAUUCAGAAGAUUAGAACCUUCGAACGUCAAGGAUUACUUAGCCAAUAUUCCUUAAUCCUAAUCUAAUUUUUCUAUCACGUUAUACAGUGACCUACUCUUUGUCUAAACCAAGUAAAUUCAAUUCUUUUAAUAAAAUUCUUCAUUCAAAAUGAA